UAAGAACUAUAGUCCCAUCUCUAGACGCGUCGAUGAGAACGCGCGAAAUUCCAUUUUUGAAUUUCGGCCGGCGGACAUGUCGAAAACGCGUUCGAUUUUUAAAAAGGUGACAGUUUAUUUUUUUAAUACUUACUCGAAGGACUGGUAAAGAAAUGUUUUACUGAGUCAUACAGCCAGGGAAUUGAGAAAAAUGCAAUUUAACAGCGGUCGUUGUUCCGUGAAAUUGAAAAAAAAAUAUUAGUAACGGCUAAGGAUAUAAAAAUAUGUGCGUAAUUCGUCGAUAAAGUUUCAAUCGUGCGGUAUUCGAACGAGAUUAUUCUUAUUGUUUUAAAGAAAGAAAACUGCCGGUUUGUGUUUUUAUUGUGUCUUUGGACUUUUCAAAGUGUGGAGAAAGAAAACAAGAUUGCCGGACACGAAACAGACAGAAAGUGCACUAGCGAGGCGAGAGAUCGCAUGAAUUCGUUGUGACGGUACGCCCCAAACUGGAAUUAAUGUUGAAAUACUUCAAUGAGAACAUAUCCCUAGCGCUGCAGGAGAGAUACAGGGACCUCCAUGAUUAUCGGAAGACGGAAGCGGUAGAGGAGGGAUCACCGAGGGAGGCCAAAGUACCGAAAAUAGCUGAGGAGGGAGACCAGGUCGGCGGCGAGGGCGCCUUCGAGCCGAGCGCCGCGCCGCCGUUCCAGAGGCUGCUGGAGCCUCCCAAAGAGGAGGAUAACUUCGUGGCCAGUUGGCUUCAGAACUCCUUUAAGAUGACUGCAGCCGAAGGGAACUCUGAGGCUUCGGCCGGAGGGAGCGCAUUAGAUCUCCGCGCGACGCCUAUCUCGCUGCACAUCCCGGCGCUGCAGCAGGCGGCCGAAGCUCAGCGAUUUAAGAUGCAGGACUUCUGGAACAGGAGUCGGCCGGCGUCUCCCGUUCAAGAGCCGCUGGUGGAAGGCCAGAGCCAACCAGGGCCGGCACCGCCGACUCCUCAGCCGCCCGCUACUCCUGAUCACAAGAUUAUCACGGAAAAACUAGUAAAUGAAAUCCAGCAGCAGCAAUCGCCGUCCGCAGACUCUACGAUGAGCGAGAGAUCGCUCGUACCGUUUGCGCUGGUAAAUUUACUGUCCACACUCAGUAAUGUCGAUCCACAGCAACAGUCACCGACAGGGGACGGCCCGAUUGGCGAUCGCAACGCAAUGUUGCCUUUCGCAUUGGUAAAUUUCCUGAAUAACCUCAAUAUUGAUCAACAAGCAAGAUCUGGGCAGAGCAUCAGUGAGAGAACUCUAGAAGAAUGCUGGUCAACACUUCAGCGAAUUUUCAUGCACAAAAACGCAAUGCAGAUGCACGCGAGGGAACUCCAGCGUGGCGUUCUAGGGGGCGAGGUGAAGCCCCACCAGUGUCAGCAGUGCCUCAAGUCCUUCAGCUCCAACCACCAGCUCGUGCAGCAUAUCAGGGUGCAUACUGGGGAGAAGCCUUACAAAUGCUCGUAUUGCGACAGGAGAUUCAAACAACUCAGCCAUGUACAACAGCACACCAGGUUACAUACAGGCGAGCGGCCGUACAAAUGUCACCUGCCAGAUUGCGGGCGCGCCUUCAUCCAACUGUCCAAUCUACAACAACACCUGAGGAAUCACGACGCCCAAGUAGAACGUGCUAAAAACAGACCCUUCCACUGUAACAUCUGUGGCAAAGGCUUCGCCACCGAGAGCAGUCUGAGAACACACACGGCAAAGGAGCUUCAGCUGCACCUUGGUGUUUUGCAGCAACAUGCCGCACUCAUGAUCGGUGGUGCGACCGCAACCACUUGCCCAAUAUGCCACAAAGUCGUAUUCGGUGGCGAAGCGCUCGUAGAACAUAUGAAGAAUACGCAUAAAGACCCUAACGCGUCCGGUGUUGCGAGUCCACCCGCCACUUCACCAUACCCGGCACAAGCUAAACCAACUGAUCCUUAUAUAGCGAAGCGGCGGACGGCGAACCACCCUUGUCCUGUAUGUGGGAAGCAUUAUGUGAAUGAAGGUUCCCUGCGAAAGCACCUGGCAUGUCACCCGGAGACACAGCUCACCAGCAGUCUCAGGAUGUGGCCGUGUUCCGUGUGCCAAGCUGUGUUCACCCAUGAAAGUGGUCUCCUUUCACACAUGGAGCAUAUGAGAAUGGAACCGAAACACCAGUUUGCCGCUCAGUACGUCCUCUCUCGAGCAGCAGCAGAGAGGAGAGAGCGGGAUCUCCUUGCUGCCGUAUCCGCAUCCGCUGGGGGCUCAGGUCUCCUAAAUUUAGCUCCACCAUCACCAGCUCACUCCGAUUCUUCUUCGAACGGCCGAUUAUCCUCAUCAGCGGGCUCAGAAGCCGGUGCCGCUGUCAACAAGUUAACAGAUCUUUUACGAUCCGCAAAUAAUGGUCACCAAGCGUACGGAGACGAGAGGGUCGCAGCGAUUGCAGCAGCGGCAGCGAACAUGAUGGCGCAACCAGGCGAAGGUGCCAACGCUGUACAAGUCGCGGCUGCUAACCUAGUAACAGCAAUGCGGCAGCAGCUAGCAAGAGAACCGCCGCCAACGCAGCCCCCAGCUGAAACACCGCCAGCACCGACCGAAGCAGCGUUAAGGAUUCAGCAAGCCGAAGCAUUGCUGCGAAGUCAAGCUGAAGCGCUUCGAUUAGCAGUAUCCCAAGCAGCCGCAGCGGCGCACGGCAACGAAGCUCCCAGUCCUUUAAGACACAACGGGGGCUUUCCUCCACAACCACCAAACGAUGCGGGCGGGCAGUUGAGUCCAGAACUAGUUGAAGCAUUUAGAAUCGCGCAGGAGCAGAGGUUGGAGCAAGCGUUAAGGUUGCACGAUCCGAGAAUGUUGGGUUUUAAUUUACCAUCACCUGCACAGCAAGCCGCUCAACAAGCUGCACAGCAAGCUGUAGCUGCUCAACAGGCAGCUGCAGCGCAGCAAGCAGCUCAACAAGCCGCACAGCAGGUAGCUCAGCAAGCUGCACAGGCGGCACAGCAAGCUGCCGCGCAAGCAGCCCAACAACAGCACAUGCAGCAAGCGGCGCACGCUGCACAACAAGCGGCGCAACAAGCUGUCCAUCUCCAGCAAAACCCUCAGCCAUGAAAAUUCAGCUAUUACUAAUCCGAUGCGAUUUCGGUAUAAAAAUAAAUCGUGAAAAUAAUCUAGUUUAUAGCAACGUAGCAUUACAAAUUCGUUGAGACAAAAUUAACUUUUCUUUACGAUGGAGCGUCAAGUGAAAUCGCCUCUGGUUGGUAAUUAUUUAUUUUGAAGCGCUAACUAAAACUACGAUUUUCGUUUAGCCGGAAAUAAUUUAAAUAUGAUUAUUAAUGUAACUACAAUCGUAGAUAGACCUAACUGUUGUAAAUAAUGAGACAUUAGCUGCGACAAAAUUCUUGUAAAUAUAUAUGAAAGAGUAAUAGUUGAAUGAAUAUAUAUACAUAUAUAAUAUUAAUGGAACAAAAACUCGCCCGAACAAGUAAUUAGGUGUAGAAUCAUAUGACAAAUAAUAUACAGUGCAAUCUUCAUUAAUUAUUUGUUUGGUUAUAGAUGAGUGUUAUCAUAUAUUAUUAUUAUUAUUAUUAUUAUUAUGAAUGUGAAAUAUUUAUUUUUUAUUAGCUUUAUCUGCAGAUAAUUGUAUGUUAGUUUAGUACAAACCUUUGGACGUGCCAAACUGUUAUAUGCACUAUUUAUCGCAUUUAGCGAGACUGCAAUAUUUACUUUGCAUAUUAAGUUUCUAUAGGUUAUAUUAUUGCAAUAUAUUAUAUUUGUUUUAUCUUUAACUCUUCACGCAAUAACACGUCUUAUGCUAGUCACGUUUUGAACGCACAAUAAAUAUUCUAUUUAAAAAGAAAAAGAGAAAAAUUUAAAUUUAUUUUUACACAAUUAUUUUUUUCAUUAUAUUUCAAUAUAAAUUUCUAAUAAUCUUCCCCUCGGCGUAAAGUUUUAUUUUAUAAAUGCCAUAUUAGCCAAUAAUAAUGUAAAUACGUAGACGUUACGUAAAGUUUAUAUUCUUAUGUUCGUACGAAAAUAACACUUUAUUUUUUAUUAAAAUGCUAUAAUUUUAUGAAAAUAAUUAUUUACAAAUAAUUUGUAUAGAUUGUAUAUAGUAUAAAAGAAUAUUCAUUAUUAUUUUUAUUUCAGAAGACUGCCGUUACUUACCUUUGUUUUUGUGUAAAUAAAUAAUUGAUAAUAAACAACAACUAAUGGAUAAUGGAAUAGCGAUUUUUCACUGCACAUUACGAACAACCAAUACAGGACAAACAUGUUGACACAUGUCGAAGUCAGAACUGCAGAACAGAACACAAUAUCAACAAAAAUAAUCCUGUCGAAGUCAGAACUGCAGAACAGAACACAAUAUCAACAAAAAUAUAAAAUCUUCGACAACAAUCACAUUGAAUAGACAAAAAAACACAAGGCAUUCUUUUCAUGAACACGGAUAUUGACAUAUUCAGCCCGAGAAUAAUUUCUUAUAUUAAUUUAUUUUUUAUUAUAACACAAUCAAGCUUUUAAAUGAAACACAAUAGCCCAGUGAAUCAUUUUAAUACGAUCAGUAAGUAAAGCAUUCCGCUUUAUAAUAAAUCUAACAACAAAUCUAUAGGCAUCUAGGAUGCUGGCAGUUGCCAUUGCAAUAGUUUUAUAGUUCACUACAAAUUGCAAAAUGACUCCCCAUGUUUGCAAAACGGAGUCAUUUUGCAAUUUAAUUAUAAGAGAAUGUCAAGUGUUGCCGAAUAUUAAUUCUUUUAAUAUUAUCGUCAUGUAUUAUAAAUAAGUGACAAUUUAUGUGUACUAUUUAGAUUAUGUACUCUAAAUUUGUACACAUAAAUUGUAAUAUUCUACGUAUAAUCGUAAAAUAGGUAAGGUAUAAUAAGCUGAUUUUAAUGUACGUAAUUAUUUGACUCUUGAAUUAAUAUCGGCAUUGGUGUGCACAGUGAGUUGUAAAUCAUGUACGGUUAAUAAUUUUACUGUCAUACUGUGUCGAUUUAAUGAAUAAAAAUAAAAAACAAAAUGCAAUAGCCCAAAAAUUCACUAUAAUUUGUAUCGUGAUAUUUGGUUGUGGGUGGGAGUUUAUUAUUUAAUUUUUCCUUUCAAUGUAUUAAGUAUUUUAUUUAUGAAACACAAAACAUUUCGGCAUAUUAUUAACUUAUUGUUUGGAGCGCAAUGUCUAGUUCCAUCAGCACGGGAAGGCUACUCGAUAAUGAUUAUGUUUUCUAGGAAACGUUAAAUCUUGGACUCCACUGGAAUAUUGACUGAAAUAAAAUAUAAUUAAUAUAUAAAACCGUUUUUCGAUAAAAGCAAUUGAAAAAUUCAAAGUGAACGGAUCGCUAUUAUUGUAUAAAUGUCCUCAAUAAAUUUAAUAUAUAAAUAAAUUUAAUGUAACAACAAAAGAAGUUCCUAUGAAUAUUGUAUAAAUGGUAUUGUUUUAAAUUUAGGUCUAGUAGAAGGAAAAAUUUAUGGACGUUUGGUAUUUUUAAAGUUAUAAAUAAUAAAAGCAUCGCGUUAGGGAACUGGACUCGGGUGUCGCUCGAGUUGUACAAAAAAGCACGGAUCGUGAAUCCUAACAUUAGAUUUGUAGAUCAAAAGUUACGUUUCCAAGAAAGUGUUCAUGUGGUAUUACUGUUCACAUUUUUGUGCGACAUAACAUAUAUUAUGUAGAAAGUAUAUAUAAAUAUAUAAAUAUUCCCGUUGUAUUUUCGUGAUCAGAAAUUUAAAAAUGUCAAAAUCUUUUGAAUAUACGACAAAAGUAUUCAAUAAAUUAUACAUAAAUAAAAUAGUCAUAUAAUUGUGUCGCAGAAAGAUAUGGACUAUAUUUGUAUUUUCUGUGAUCAUCGAAAAAGGAAUAGUUAUUAAAACAGAUCGUGUUUGCGAGUUGUCAGAGGUUAUGUUUAAGUUUUUGACGGAUACAUUUUUUAAUGUUAAAUAAAAAAAAAACAAAAUAAUGAAAAUUUUUCUACAUUUAUUUUAUAAUGAAACAUGCGUAGUUAAGCUGUGUACGUUAAAAUUAAUAAUAAAGCCUAAAUAACAUUAAAUUGGCCAUAGUGCUAAUCUGAAACUGGGUUAAAUUCUUUAACUCGGUUAUUUAGUAACAAUAGAUCUGGAUUCUGUUGUAUUUCAGCAUUACGUAACUGUGGUACUUAGUGGUGUACAUCACAGUUACUAUUUAACAUAAUGCGCUGUUAGCUGUAUUCUUAUAGAAAAAUGGAUAUGACGCAAUUAAUAUUAUUGUAGUUUAAUUGGCAAUUUCAUGUUAACAGUUAAUUAUUUAUGUUAAUUGAUAGUUAUGUUAUUAGAUAAAUUCGUUGAGAAGUUUUUAAACGCGUAUUACGCUUGUUCGAUGGUGAACGUUCGUUCAGGCUUUGAACGAUGCAAUAUUUUUGUAUUAGAUAUAAUACAAAAAGGCAGAUCGCACAAACAACUAGCGAUUACAUUACAUUUUUUAUUUAUUAAAAAGUUAUAAAAUGUUAUGAAUCGUGUGACUACACUGAAAUUGCAAAUUUACAAUAAACGUGUAUUUAUUAUACAGCAUUAUUAAUCCUGCUAGUAUUAUAACUGUAAAUGUUUGGAUGUUUGUAAGUUAUUUACACCUAACUGACUGGAUUUAUAUGAUUUUUUAUACCAUACAACCUUUCGCCCGAUUCAUAACAUUUUUAUUGUUAAGUUUUUAAACUAACUUGCUGUUGAUUUAAAUUACACAUCCUUAUUGAAUGUUAAAGUUUUUCUUUUUGACGCUUCGUCGCUUACGUUGUUUGUAUUUCAGCUUGUUUUAUGAUAUAUUUAGUGAAAUAUACAAGUUUAUUAUUCGUAAUAAUUAAGGAUAGACAGGAUAGCCAGGUUUUCAAUUAUAACUCACAUUGUAGCCAUUUCAUGUAUCUUAUCGUAAGUUAGUAUUAAAUGUAAUGUAAUUCUAGACCCAUUUAUAAUUAAUAGCGUUUAUUUUGAGCAAUAAAAGCUAUUUUUUACAAACGGGUCCUCUUAUAAUGCAGGGCAUUCAUGCUCUCGAUCAUUUAAAUGUCUGUUCUGCGUUAUAAAUGUAGUGAACAACGAAAUAAAACAAAUAAAUACAAAAAAAAAUCCGUGUACUUACUCGUACUUAAAUGUCAUAGAUAAUGGAAUUAUUAUUGGUGUAUACCUAAUGGGGUUUUAUAUAUCCCAUAUCUACAUGCGUCGUUUCCAUUUUUACAUAUGAAUAUUUUUCUAUAAAAAAAAUAUUGACACUGAAAAUAUUAGUAAUAUAUAUUUUGAAAUGGACAAAAAUAUAAUUAAUUAUGUAGAGAAAAUUUAAACAAAAUUAUCAUUUAGGUUUAUAAAAUUGAUAUCAAAUGAUGGAUGCUGUUGUUAAGCAAAUGUUAUUAUUUUCGAUGAAAUUAGCAAAUCAGGGUAACAAAUAAAUUCUGUGAUUCGGUACUAAAAAUAUAUAUCUAAAAACACUAGCAGCGCAUUGAACAUUGUCUAUGUUAUUAUUAUAUCUACGCCUAGCCUCUUUGAUGUCACAUGAGGCAUUUACUAUGUGUAUUUUACAUUACAUUAUAUAUUUUACUUUUGAAAAAAAAUUAUCAACUUUUAUUUCCCGAACUCCAGAACUUGUUCGAGAAUAUUUUAAUUGGUGUACUUCUAGUCUUAUUUAUAUCAAUUUUAACCCUUCACGCAACGUGUAGAUUUGGUUUUGUUGAAAAAAUUACUUAAUUCUUUUGCAAUUUUGUAAAUCCCUAAGUUAAAUUUACAAAAUAAAAUUGCAAAAAAGUUAAUAUAAUCGGUAGGUAUGUAAAAAGCGUUACAUAAAUGAAUUGUAAAUUUGACGUUUGGAAAGGAAUAAUGUAAAA